UUAAGAUAACAGUUAUAAUGUGACCGUCCCAGUGAAUGUUGAGAUGUGAUGUUCACAGUUCUUGUUAUUCUUGCUCUCUCCGGGCCGACUCCUGGAUGUUCCUGGACCACUGUGGACCCUAGGUCUCCCGAGGACCAAGUAGACCCGUGGGAUGUUGUCGUAGACUACGAUCCAGAAGACAGUGCUGUGGCGGAAAAGGCAGAGAUACACCUUGUAGACAAAAUGCUCAGGUUGGCCCAGAAGGACACCAAGUACUUCCAUGAGGCUCGUCCCCCAUGGGAGGGUCAAGUUCAAGAUGAUGACCCCGGAGUGCACGUCAUGGGGUUCAACUUCACAGCCUGGAACCGGACUUACAUUCGCCCUCCGCCUGGCCUCGGAGACGCUCAGACUAACAAACUCAUGUCUAGGAUGAUUCCUGAGUUUGAUAUCACAAAGAUCAAACUGAAAAGUGACAAAAGAGACAACAAAUCUGUGAUAUUUGAAGUUUUAAUAGAGAAGGGCCCUGAAAACAAGAUUAUUGGCUAUACCAGCAAGCAGUUACAUGUCCAAAUCUUUGCCCCUGUCAUGCCAGGUGCGAUUGACGAUGAGUUGGAACGAUAUUUAUCCAAAGUGCUUACUGUUUCUAGAAAAUCCAUCAAAAUAAUACAGGGUGAUGCCACCAACAUCAGAAAAAUUCGGAUCCCAAAGAUUGCCGUGCAGAAGAAAGUGUACAUUCGUAAAUUGAUUGAAGAGUUUGAACUCGAUGAAGUAACUAGAACAUCUUUUGACGCUUAGUCCAAGGAUUUAUUUUUAGAUUGUGUAAAUAAAAGAUUUUAUAAACUGUUGUAAAAUUAAUGGAAAUAAAAUUUUGCAGU